AUGUCUGCACGAAUGGUCUCCGCAGGGGCUCGCAGCCUCCUUGCGGCUUCUUCUUCCCCCAUGCGCUCUACCGCGACCCGCACCUUCAGCUCGACAUCCCGCCAACUCGCCGAUGCGACUGUCGCCCUGCCAGCUCGCAAGCCCGUCGGUGCUUUCCGCGGAGGUCUCUUCGGCUUCCUGCUCGGCAGCACCCUCGCCGGCGCCGGCGUCUACACAUACGUUCUGCAGGAGUACAAGGCAUCGAACGAGCUCUUGACCGAGGAUAUCUAUGUACGCUUCUGCAUUUGA